GUCUCUCAUACCACCACCAUGUUAGAAAUCGAUCCAUCGCAACAAUUAGCAUUCCGAGGCCCUCUGACUCGCCACGUUGAAGUUCAACUGGCCAUUAGUAAUCCCACCUCUGACUUUAUUGCAUACAAGAUCAAAACAACCGCACCUAAGCAGUACUGUGUCAAGCCCAAUUCUGGUAGAAUUGCUGCACAUUCUUCCAUAUCUAUUCAAGUCAUUUUGCAGCCAAUGAAAGAGGAACCGGCACCGGAUUUUAAGUGCAAGGACAAGUUUUUGAUUCAAAGCGUCGUCUUAACUCCCGAAACUGCGAAAGUCAGCUUGGCAGAUCUGGUAAGUGCACUUACACGUUAGAACAGACAGAAUAGCCCGCAGCCCAUGUGACACCAUUUCUAUGACUGUAGUGGACUAGCCUUGAGAAUGGACCAAAGGAUAAGAUUCAGCAGAAGAAACUUCGAUGCGUGUUUCUCUCUGAGCACGAGGAGCAAGAGCACCAGGCUGAGACUCUCAAGACGGAAGGCGGCGAGACCAACGAAGAAUUUGCUAACGCCAGCGC